UACGACAGAGCUCGAAGACGCUGAUUCUUCCCCUUACUAGCUCGUCGCUACUCUGCACACAAUCCGCAAAACAAGGAUCUGUCAGCUGUAGAUCUCGGGGUUGGCGGCAAAUCUUCACUUGCACGACCACUUGACGGUUAUUCUUCAACCAGGAACAGAAACAAUGAUACUCUCCAACCUUUAUCGGUCCUGAUCCAUGAUGAUGUCGAUGACUUUUCUUUGGUCUGGCAAAUGGAUAUUUCCCGCAAUUUCGGCCUUUUGCUUCUGCCCAUCAAUCCUGAUGUUCUUCUUGUUUAUUUGUCCAUUUUCAGGCUUGUUUCGUGGCUUGCCCAGCUCACACCACUAGUCAGCCUCCAACAAGGAAGUUUGACAUAAAAGGCAAGCAAUCUAAGCGGCGCGAUCAGCCGCACGUGGUCCAGACCUUGGCCUGGACUUUUGUACCCGUAUACUCUUGGAUCUUGUUCUUUUGUUACAUUUCCCCUUCCUCAUUACCCUCGAGCAAUCCUGGAGCUGAGCAUGACUUCGUCCAUAACCGCAAAUGCCAGGAAAAUACUCGCACAGUGUCGUCCUGGCAGGCUAUUCCAGUCGUGGGAUCAUCAGCUUGCCUAAUGACCAACGAUUGGAAUCCUUGAAGAGUCCUUCAACUCUUCAGCCGGCAGACGGCGCAGCUCCACCAGUUCCGAUCCGUGCCAAAGAGCGGCCGAUUUCGACAACAAGUACAAAACCUGCAUCUCCUCAGUCCGCCGCGCGUCACAGCAAAAGGCGAUCCAGAAAUCCAUUUGAGUAUGAGUCUCCGACCGGAUUUAACCAUGUUUCUGGUCAAGUUGGUCGAAAGGUCAAUGACCACCGAAGUGAAGAAAAAUCGCGAACGGCUACUCCUGUGAGCAAUGGCCAGGAUUCUCAGCCUCGUCCCCCAGUUGUCAAGGUCCAAAUCCCCCGCCCACCAAAGUACCGCUUAUCGGGAUUUGAUCCGUAUGCGGAUGAUGCGGACUUCGUGCCCUGGCGGGGAUGGAGGUCUCGACCCUCUGAAAACAAUGAGGCGCAAGGCGCCAACACCUCGAAACCGGUUCAACGAACUAUUCCAUCGAAUGCGCACAAAUAUGAACCGCGCCUCGAGGUUAAGGAGUGGCGACAUGACCUAGCACGUAAGUCUCCGGGAGUUCGAACGAGGACACGGGAUCGCUCGGAACCACUUCUCUCAGUGCAACAGUUUCUCAACCUCUCGCCGCCACUCAAUCCAUCAGACUCGUUGGCAGAAAGGAAGGGAUCACAGUCACCACAUCCGUCUAGAAAUCACCGAGCGUCGCUAUUACCACCAUUCCGACCCCAAUCCAAACCACGUUCACCACAGAAGAUGGACUCAGUUCCCGUUUUCGAUAGGUCGGCUGUGCAGCCCAAGCCUACAAGGCCUCCUCCCCAAACAAUGAAUUCGAACGAUUCUUUCAAUCGUGGAGAUACAAGCUUCAUUGACUCUUCUGACGACGAAGAUGACGAGGAGAAUCCUGCACAAGACGUUCCGCCGAAGCAUAAGGCGACCAGAAGGACUUUGUCGGUUUCGUCUGCGCGAAAAGAUAACAAAGUCCGCAACGGGGCAGCCGUUGAUCUCACGGAGGAGCUACCUGAGCUUCCUGGCGAUCCAGUUCCGCAAGUCAGUAAUGUAGCAGACACAGCAUUGCGGCUUGAGUCAACAUCUCAGAAGAGGCGCUCAAAUCGAUUCUCGAUGUAUGGUUACAAUAGCGACGACUCCGACGAUCUCCCGUUGCAAAGACACUCCCCUCUCCUCAGAAUAAGGUCCAACGGUCCCAGUCUUAGACAUACGGGCGACCUGCGGAGGUCUCUACCUGAGGUGCCAGAUGAGCAUCAGAUGAGUCCGCUUCCGCCAACAUUGGCCCGGUCUCCGGAAUCCAUGACGCGCGGGACGACGGCUUCCACCAUGGACCGGGAGCCUGAUUUCUCAGGGUUUUCGGACAGAAACGGAUUCGAGGACUAUCUAAACAGCACUUCCGCCGUGGGACAAGUACAUGCCCACGGGCCCCGCUAUUAUCGAGCAAUUGACGACGACAUAACGAGAAAGGAGACACGACCUUCCAUGUCUCACGCUGCACCGGGAUCGAGCCUUGACAACGGCCGGAGACCCAGUCGCUCUUCUAUUGGGGAUGUUUCUGCUCUUCCAAUUCCUGUGACCUCGGCCCUCUCCCAUCGAAGGCCGAGUGCCUCAUCUGCGCGGGACGUACAGCAGCAGCAGCAGACACUUGCAUCGCCCGCAAGCCAGGACGCGAAGCCAGGGUUGCAGGGUGGUAGAGCACUAUCUCGCACAGAGGACUUGGGUCAAAACCUAGCACAGGGACAGGUCCAUCCUACGCCUCGGUUCGGAACACCGUCCAUCGUCCGGGAUUCCGAAGAGAAAGCCAGACUCAAUGUCCAGAACCUCUCACGGUCAAACACGCCUCUACCAACAACCGAAAGAGGCAGAAGUUCGCCGCAGACAUUCCUCCAGCACCAGCGCCAAAGACUCCGCUCGUCGUCGGAGGUGGCAAGGAGCAGGAAGAAUGCCGGCACUCCUGAGCCGACACGCAAGGCUCGUCCUACGCCCACAACGCCUCGCGCCGAGGAGAAUUGGCAGCGACCUGGAAUCGGAAUCAAGACGACGUCUUUGGCUACUGAUUUUGGUGAAGAGGGCUGGGGUCGGAUGUCCAUUGAGCCUGCUGGCUUGCAUGGAAGUGUUGUCCCGCAGGCGGCAAUGUUGGAUGCUGCCGCUCCUCCUGCAACUAUGUACGCGGAUGUGUUCGAUCAUGAGCACCGGGCAAAAACAGACAAAGACAAGGAGCAAGCUGAACAUGAAGAUGAAGAUGGAGAUGGAGAUGGCUCUGAAGAUGAAGAUGCGGCUCUCCCACCACCGGAUAUCUCCCGACGUCGUCAACUGGGAAAUGAUCAGGGCGCAAGACCGAACGCCUCACGGAGCACGUCACGCGUCGGCCGCAACGGUGAUCAGGGAAUUGAUCGAUUAGAAUCGAUGCUUCAAGAACAGGAGCUUACGCAGACGACGCAGACGCAGACGCAGAAGAAACGGGCCAGAGCGAGGAGUGUCUUCGGACGGUUCUUAAGGCGAUGAUGAUGAUUUGAUCAGAGCACACUGUAUGAAUCCUUUUUUAAUGCCAGAUGUCUAUGUCUAUGUCUAUGUACAGUCAACACCGGGAGGCAACCCGAGGAGGAUAACAGGGUCUAGCCAAUUGUAAAGUUGUAAGGCAACGAGAAAUAUGUAUGUAC